AAAAUGAGGUAGUUUUUUCGUUUUUGGGGUAGUUUGUGAAAUUUGACCGGCUGUAAAAUAUGUCCUCAAUUUAUGAUGUUUGUAUUUGUAAUAAUAGCAAACACUCGAUCACAAGCAAUAACCAAUGCAACGAUGAGCAACACCAACACCUUCCUACUGCUUGCCAGAAAAGCACUAACCAAUAUCCAAACUCCAUUUCUUGGCUUUCGUUGCUUCUGUUCUCAAUCCACCUCCCCUCUCUCAUCUUCUCCUUCUCCAAACAAUAAGCUCUUCGUAGCAGGCUUGUCUUGGUCAAUGGACGAGAGAUCAUUGAAAGAUGCCUUUUCUUCCUUUGGGGAGGUUACUGAAGUUAGGAUAGUGUAUGAUAAAGACUCAGGUCGAUCCAGAGGUUUCGGAUUUGUGAACUUCGCAAAUGGAAAUGAUGCCCAGUGUGCAAAAGAUGCAAUGGACGGAAAGGCAGUAUUAGGGCGGCCAUUGAGAAUAAGCUUUGCCCUUGACAAGGUCCGUGGAGAACCUGUUGUUGUUCCUCGACUUUCAAACAUCAACAACCUUGUGGGUCGAAGGUAUGGAAACCAACAGUAUGAAGGAACCUCAAGUUAGUAUUGUUUGAUAAUCGCAGAGAAAUAUGAUAUCAAUUUCUUUAUUUGUAUGCUCCUAUAUCCAAAUAUUUGGAAGAGACGAGGGAACAAAAUUCCUGUAGCAGUAAUCAUGAUUUAUUUUUUAUCAAGUCAUGAUAGAUAGUUCCCAAUUUCUUUUAUUAGAAAUCUUGUUUUCUAUCUUAGUAGUAUCUUUGUCCAGUACAUUAGAUAUAUGUGCUUUAAUCUUAUUGGAGUUUCUACUCGAGCACAAUUUUAGUUCCCAUA